GCGCGCGCGGGGAGGCGCGGCACCGGCCUGGGGCACCGCGAGGCUCAGGGACCGGGACGGGGACGUGGCAGCGCCCCGCGCACCACCGAGUUCCCUGGCAGUGCCGAGCGACGCGGCGCGGGAUCGGCCGGGCAGGACCAUGAACGUGUUCCGGAUCCUCGGGGACCUGAGCCACCUCCUGGCCAUGAUCUUGCUCUUGGUGAAGAUCUGGAGGUCCAAGAGCUGCGCGGGCAUCUCUGGGAAGAGCCAGAUCCUUUUCGCUCUGGUCUUCACCACCAGGUACCUGGACCUCUUCUCCAAUUUCAUCUCCAUCUACAACACGGUGAUGAAGGUUGUUUUCCUCUUCUGCGCCUAUGUCACAGUGUACAUGAUCUAUUGGAAGUUCCGGAAAACAUUUGACAUUGAAAAUGACACGUUCCGGCUGGAGUUCCUCCUGGUCCCAGUGAUGGGCCUUUCCUUUCUGGUGAACUACAGUUAUGCACCAAUGGAGGUCCUCUGGACCUUCUCCAUCUAUCUGGAGUCAGUGGCCAUCCUGCCACAGCUCUUCAUGAUCAGCAAGACUGGGGAAGCCGAGACCAUCACUACUCACUACCUGUUCUUCCUGGGGCUGUACCGGGCACUCUACCUGGCUAACUGGAUCAGGCGGUACCAGACAGAGAAUUUCUAUGACCAGAUCUCCGUGGUGUCUGGAGUAGUACAAACCAUCUUUUACUGUGACUUCUUCUACUUGUAUGUGACCAAAGUCCUUAAAGGAAAGAAAUUAAGCCUACCAAUGCCAGUCUGAUGAGAUGGGCCACAGAACCAACCAUCUGGAUUGCUCUCCUUGGUGACGAAGAGCUAAGACCUGAGACUUAAAAUGAUUGGUGCAAACUGAAACAAAGCACUGAUAAACUUCCUAGCUCAACAUCAGCAGGACCCAUCCUGGAUAUGAUGUAACACCUGGUGCUUUCGCCCAAGAAUGGUGCCUUACAGUGAAUGGAAAGUAAGGUACCUCCUCCAUGAAUGACCAUUGCUCCUUUAUGACUAUAGAAAGUUCAUGCCAAAGAAUGGGCAGAUCCAUCUGCAAAGACAUUUCCUAGGUCAGUGCUUAACUGAAGACCUGGUGUGUGUUAGUGACACAACCAAUUUCCACACUUCAUCUAACCUGCAAGCAAUCCAAAUCACCAGCUCUGCCAAAUGCUUAGGACUCCUAAUCUACUGUGUAACUAGAUUCUUGUGCCAAGACUCACCAAUUCCACCCUCCCCUACCAAGUCUGAGGUACUAACUAGGAUGACUAGCACAUUCACCUCCCAACAUUUGCUGCUUGGAGGAAAACAUUAGAACUACACUUAGUUUUAAUGUAAUAAAAAAUUCACACCUUUA